CCUGUGCUUUUACGCAAACGCACUAACUGUCUACGCAGGACGCCAAGUGAAGGGCCGAGAUUCAACGAUUACCACACAUCAACAAGCGCUUCUUGUGUCGCUGGACACUGGCUAAAAAUGCAUCGGACUAUUCAAGUGGGAUUGUUCUGCGUCUGCGAGAAUAACCAACGCUUGAAAAAUGACGAGUUAUAAACUAAGAAGAAGUCUCUCAUCUUUGGAAUUGAAUGAAGAGUCUUGUGCCACAACGCAACUCGAAGUGCACCACCAAGGCCAUGAUAGAGGCAGCUUUUUACAUACAGAUGUGUUGUCAGUCUCUAGCUACCGUAAUAAUAUCUAUCAAACUUUUUAAAAAGUUACAAUAGUCAUACUAGCUAUACGUUUAGUCAUGACAUCUAACUGAAAUAUGUAGCUAGCUGGCUAGCUAUAUGUUUAUUUUUGGUAGCUAGCUAGCUCAGAUAGCAUAGAGCUAGCCAGUUAGCGUAGCUAGCUGACGAACUUGUUUUUUUAAAUAGCGCUCGAGCUAGCUAACGGUAGCUAAUCAGCUAGCCAGUUGGCGUAGCUAGCUGACGAACUUGUUUUUUUAAAUAGCGCUCGAGCUAGUUAACGGUAGCUAAUCAGCUAGCUCAGAGAGCAUAUAGCUAGCUAACGGUAGCUAAUCAGCUAGUUCAUAUAGCAUCCUGGUUAGUAAAUGAGACCAUUUAACGGUUGGAGUUGCUAGCCAGUUAGCGAACUACAGUAACACUUUUUUCUUGUGUCAAAUCUGACAACCACUUUCUAGCUAACUAAUGUUAGCCCGUAGGCUUUUCACUUUUUAACUGUGUUAACUUACCAAUAACGUUAGCUAACGGUAAUAUAUAUACAUUUUUUGUUUGUUUUUAAUUUCUAAAUAGUUAACAUUACCUUACCCGACUAGGUGUAUGGUGUAGCUAGCUAGCUGACUUUUCCACCGUGCCUGGACUGACCGAACCCCACCAGGACAAGCCGGGGCCGAUGCUGACGGUCCGGAUCACGGCAACGUAAGGAGCCAUGCAGCCGCAGCAAAUAUACGACUUUUCAAGUGACGAGAACAGUCACAAAUGGCGAGGCCUCUUCGUGCAAGCGUUGCGAAAGGUGCAGCUGCAGGUGCAUCCCACCCUGUCAGCCAAGGAGGGAGCUCUGGAGCACAUCGAAGAGCUGAUCCUGCAGCUCCUCAACAUGCUGUGUGUGGCCCAGCCGCGCUCUGUGCAGGACGUGGAGGAGCGAGUCCAGAAGACCUUCCCCCACCCCAUAGAUAAAUGGGCCAUAGCUGACGCCCAGUCGGCCAUCGAGAAGAGGAAGAGGAGGAACCCCCUACUGCUCCCUGUGGAUAAGAUACACCCUCUACUCAAGGAGGUGCUGGGUUAUAAGAUAGACUACCACGUCUGCCUGUACAUCGUGGCGGUUCUAGAGUACAUAUCAGCUGACAUCCUGAAGCUAGCAGGAAACUACGUUGGUAACAUCAGACACUAUGAGAUCAGCCAGCAAGACAUCAAGGUGUCCAUGUGUGCAGACAAGGUCCUAAUGGACAUGUUUGACCAGGACGAGGACAUCGGUCUGGUGUCUCAGUGUACGGAGGAGCCGUCGUCGUCCGGAGAGCUGACCUACGACGACCUGGUGCGCCUGGAGAUUGCAGAGGAGCGCCAGUACCUGCGGGAGCUCGACCUCAUCAUCAAGGUGUUCCGACAUCACUUCCUGUUCAACAACAAGAUCUUCACGCCUCAGGAUGUUGAAGUUAUCUUCAGCAACAUUUCGGACAUUCAUGAGCUGACGGUCAAACUUCUGGGGCUGAUAGAGGACGCAGUGGAGAUGACCGCUGACACGAGCCCUCAUCCUCUGGUGGGCAGCUGCUUCGAGGACCUGGCAGAGGAGCAGGCGUUUGAUCCGUAUGAGACCCUAUCUCAGGACAUCCUGUCCAGACAGUUCCACGAGCACUUCAGCAGCCUGAUGGCCCGGCCUACUGUAGGACUAUACUUCCAGUCCAUAGCUGAAGGUUUCAAGGAGGCGGUUCAGUACGUCCUGCCACAGCUCAUGAUGGUUCCUGUAUACCACUGUUUGCACUACUUUGAACUACUGCAACAGCUGCAGGAGCACAGUGAGGAGCAGGACGACCGAGAGGGUCUGAAGCAGGCCAUCACUGCUCUGCUCAACCUCCAGUGUAGCGUGGAACGCAUCUACACCAAACACCUGCCUCGACGCAAGCCUGGCGAGCCCAUGUACCGUCUGUACAGCCGCCAGGUGCGCAGCAAGCAGCUGGCCAUCAAGAGGAUGAACGAGAUCCAGAAGAGCAUCGACGGCUGGGAGGGGAAGGACAUCGGCCAGUGCUGUUCCGAGUUCAUCCUGGAGGGGGCUCUCCUCCGCGCCGGCGCCAAACACGAGCGACACAACUUCCUGUUCGACGGCCUCAUGAUCAGCUGCAAGGCCAAUCAGAGCUCCCGACUCCCCGGUUCUGGAAGCGGGGCCGAGUUCCGUCUCAAGGAGAAGUUCGUCCUGCGGAAAGUCCGCAUCGUGGACCGCGAGGACUCGGCGGAGUUAAAACACGCCUUCGAACUCGUCGGUAAAGACGAGAACUGUGUGGUGUUCUGCGCCCGCUCGGCGGAGGACAAGGGGGCGUGGAUGGCGGCGCUGGUCACCCUGCAGUACCGCUCCACACUGGACCGUAUGCUAGACACUGUCCUACAGCAUGAGGAGCAGGCCCAGCCCCUCCGCCUGCCCUCCCCCGAGCUUUACCGUUUCGCUGUGCACGACUCCGAGGAGAACAUCGUGUUUGAGGACAGCGUCCAGAGCAAGACGGGGAUACCCAUUAUUAAGGCUGGGACGGUGGUCAAGCUUAUAGAGAGGCUAACAUACCACAUGUACGCUGAUCCCAACUUUGUACGCACCUUUCUGACCACCUACCGGUCAUUCUGCAAGCCCCAGGAGCUCCUGAGGCUGUUGAUAGACAGGAUUGAGAUCCCUGAGCCAGAGCCCACAGAGGCAGACAAACAGGCUCUAUGGAAUGGGGAUCAGCCAAUGGCUGCAGAGCUACAGAGGUUCCGCAGGGAGUACGUCCAACCCGUCCAACUCAGGGUUCUGAAUGUGUUUCGUCAGUGGGUGGAACAUCAUUUUUAUGACUUUGAGAACGACCCCGAGCUACGAGGCAAACUGGAGGAGUACAUCAGCAGCAUUCUACAACUCCGAGGAAAGUCAAUGAGAAAGUGGGUGGAGUCCAUCAACAAGAUCAUCAAGAGGAAGAUGCAGACUCAGUCCAACGGGGUCAGCCACAACAUCACCUUCGAGAGCCCGCCCCCGCCCAUCGAGUGGCACAUCAGCCGCCUGGGUCAGACGGACACCUUUGACCUCAUGACCCUUCACCCCAUAGAGAUCGCCCGCCAGCUCACUCUUCUGGAGUCUGAACUGUACAGGGCUGUGAGGCCGUCUGAGCUGGUGGGGAGUGUGUGGACUAAAGAGGACAAGGAGAACAACUCUCCCAACCUGCUGAGGAUGAUCCGUCACACCACUAACCUCACGCUGUGGUUCGAGAAGUGUAUUGUGGAAGCAGAGAACCUGGAUGAGAGAGUAGCUGUGUUAACGCGGGUCAUUGAGAUCCUGCAGGUGUUUCAGGAGCUCAACAACUUCAAUGGUGUUCUGGAGGUGGUCUCUGCCAUCAACUCUGUCCCCGUCUACCGGCUCGACCACACCUUCGAGGCGGUCCCCGAGAGGAAGAAGAGGAUCCUAGAGGAAGCAGUGGAACUGAGCCAGGACCAUUUCAAGAAGUACCUGGCCAAGCUCAAGUCCAUUAACCCGCCCUGCGUGCCUUUCUUUGGUAUCUACCUGACCAACAUCCUGAAGACAGAGGAGGGGAACCCCGACUUCCUGAAGAGACACGGCAAAGAGCUGAUCAACUUCAGUAAGAGGAGGAAAGUAGCCGAAAUCACAGGAGAGAUCCAGCAGUACCAGAACCAGCCGUACUGUCUGAAGGUGCAGCAGGACAUCAAGAGGUUUUUUGAGAACCUGAACCCGAUGGGCAGUCUGGGUGAGAAGGAGUUCUCUGACUAUCUGUUCAACAAGUCUCAGGAGAUAGAGCCUCGCAACUGCAAGCAGCCGCCACGAUUCCCCAGGAAGACCCUGUACCCCCUGAAGUCCCCGGGGAUUCGGCCGGUGCGUACCUCUACGUCAGGGACCCUGAAGGGCCACCCCGUACCCCUGGAGAGAGAGCCCCCGCACAAGAUCACCUUCAGGAGCAUCGCUGAGACAGAGCAUGAGACCUCUUCCAUAGCCUCGGUCCCCACCUCACCCAGCACCCCUACGCCCCCACAGUCUGCCUGCUCAGACCUCAGCUCUGUCUUCAUGGAACCAGAUCUCUAUAGUGUUUAUGGUGGCUCAACUUCUCUAUGUGGCCAUUUUAUAUCAGGUGGAAACUCCAUGUUCUGUUCUGUUCUCCUCCCGCCCUCAAAGUUCCACUCAGUGUCUUGUGGAAGCCUUCACCAGCUAGGAGAGGAGUUACUGAAGCCCCCUCCACUUCCCCCUCGCAGGAAGGAUGCUUUCUCUGAGACCAAGUUGAGUUCCAGGUCCAAAGGUCCCCCAGCCAUCCCCCCCAGACUGCCCCCUCCUCUCCCCAGGGUCCAGCCCCGCACCCCAGUCUACAACGGCCCCAGCGACGGCCCCCUCCCCAGCCCCCCACCUCCACCCCCCCGGGACCCCCAGCCAGACACCCCUCCCCCCGUCCCCCAGAAGCCACCAGAGAUCUUCAUUAACUACCCCCCGAACAUCCAACCCUCCCCCGUCAGCCGCUUCCACUGGGAUUUUGGCAGUUCCCCCUCCUCCCCUGGAACGCCCCCGGGUUCCCCCUCGCCCCGCGUCCCCCGACGGAGCUGCCUGCUCAGCGCCAGCCAGAACAGUCUCUGCCCGCUCCCCCUGCCCAUCAUGGCCCCACCUGUACCUCCCCGCCACAACUCAUCCUCCCAGCUCCCCAAACUUCCACCAAAGACCUACAAGAGGGAGCUGUUGUCACCCCCUUUACAGAGCCUCUCAUUGGUGGAGAGCACAGAGGGUAGCCAAUGAGGAGCCUCCUUGCUUCUUUUGUUUCCUUAUCAUCAUGGCUGCUGCUCCACACAAUACAAACUGUAUCAUACUAUGACCUCAUGACACAGAGCGAUUUAAAAACAAACUAAUCAGGAUUUUUUUUCUAAAGCUACUGAUCGUAACAAAGACUCCAAAACCCCUCCCACUCAUCUCCUACAUUGACCAAUCACAACACGGCCACUCCUCUCAGGGUAUCAGUAGCCCCACCUUCAUUUCAAGCCCUCUGUGCCAAUGGGAAAUCCACACCAGUGUGCCAGCCAAUGAACAAGGAGCCCCAAGACACUGACUCAAACUCCUCCUCCUCUGUGGGUGUGCAGUACACGUCACACACCUGUACACAACAUUGACUCUGUCAUUUUCUUCAUAUAGAUAUUCCACUCUGUACUGGAGUGGACAGGACAGUAUGCCAUAGUCCAGCAGUAACUCUCCUACCCCCAAAAGUGACACUGUGCUGAACCCAGAAAGGAGAGUCCUCCUCAGCCUGUCCUGGUGGUUGGGGACUAUACAGACCACCAUGACACUUCCAUCGGCAUGGACAGCUCCUCUCACUGACAACGCUUUGUGUGGAUCUAUGGGCAUUGUCGCGUUGGCACACGGUCGUGUUGCGAACGCCAUUCACUGGUUCACCCCAGGAGUCUGUCCUCCUUACCUGUGGUUCCGGACGGACGGACGGACGGACGGACGGACUCCACUCUGGACCGUACAAGACCUCAAUGCUCUUUUAUCAUCGAACUAAUCAAACACACAUUUACUGUGGUUCUGUCUGGAACAAGCACGAGGAUCAUCAAAGUGUUGGAAGUUCUCCUCGUGAGGCUCCUCCCAUCACCUUUUAGUGACCAGUCCUAUGUUCUGCAGGGGGUCAUAUAAGGGAUUCAUGUUUUGAGGAAUGACUAACUAAAAAUGGACUGUGGAUAUUUCCAUCCAGUCGUUCAGACAUUACCAACCUGAUCGUUGUCACACUGAAAUCCUUCCCCUCCUUUUUUUUUUCUGUUGGUCUCUACUGUGCACUGAACUGAGUAGAGCUGUGACUGUAAUGGGUGUGAGCUCAGCGGUAUUCACAGGGCUGUGUUACUGUGUGGUACAGGAGGAUCAUAUAGCCCUGGACAUGGGGUCCUUGCUGUAGUUGGUAGCUACAUCCAGCCCUGCUGGUCCUAGAAUUACCCUCCAUUUCAGAUGUUGCCUUUGACCCCACAGCACUGACCUCUGUGGGCCUCUGCUAGAGGGACGGGUGGUGUGUGUUCGCUCCACCCUCUGCUAGAGGGACGGGUGGUGUGUGUUCGCUCCACCCUCUGCUAGAGGGACAGGCGGUGUGUGUUCGCUCCACCCUCUGCUAGAGGGACGGGUGGUGUGUGUUCGCUCCACCCUCUGCUAGAGGGACGGGCGGUGUGUGUUCGCUCCACCCUCUGCUAGAGGGACAGGCGGUGUGUGUUCGCUCCACUUGCACAUAAAGCUUGGUCAACGUUUGUUAUCUACCCUUUUUUUAGUCAUAUGAUGGAUAUCAAAGAGCUCGGAAAAGGAUUUGACGACAACCUUUAUCUCUUCUCCUCUGAGAUAUCUCUUCUCUGCCCUCUCUGCCUAUCUCUUCUCUUCUGCCCUCUCUCUUCUCUUCUGCCCUCUCUCUUCUCUUCUGCCCUCUCUCUUCUCUUCUGCCCUCUCUCUUCUCCUCUGCCCUCUCUCUUCUCCUCUGCCCUCUCUCUUCUCCUCUGCCCUCUCUCUUCUCCUCUGCCCUCUCUCUUCUCCUCUGCCCUCUCUCUUCUCCUCUGCCCUCUCUCUUCUCCUCUGCCCUCUCCACUCUCUCUUCUCCUCUGCCCUCUCCACUCUCUCUUCUCCUCUGCCCUCUCCACUCUCUCUUCUCCUCUGCCCUCACCACUCUCUCUUCUCCUCUGCCCUCACCACUCUCUUCUCCUCUGCCCUCACCACUCUCUCUUCUCCUCUGCCCUCACCACUCUCUCUUCUCCUCUGAGACAUCUCCACUCUCUCUUCUCCUCUGAGACAUCUCCACUCUCUCUUCUCCUCUGAGAUAUCUCCACUCUCUCUUCUCCUCUGAGAUAUCUCCACUCUCUCUUCUCCUCUGAGAUAUCUCCACUCUCUCUUCUCCUCUGAGAUAUCUCCACUCUCUCUUCUCCUCUGCCCUCUCUCUUCUCCUCUGCCCUCUCCACUCUCUCUUCUCCUCUGCCCUCUCCACUCUCUCUCCUCCUCUGCCAGUGAUGUGGUGACAACAGCGGCCAGACCUUUAUCUGUCCAGGGAAGCGAGCAGAUUGCAACAUGCUAAUGUGAGGCUCCGUUAGCUGUUACAUGUUAGUUACUGUUUGGUGUAGUACAGAUCGACCAGCCUUAACUUGUCCAUACUUCCCUCAAUUGCUGAUUUGGAAGACAACCAAUGUCCUCUAAAUGUCCUUGUCUAGUUGCAGGGGGUUUGUUUGAAUUUUAGAAAAUGCAGCGUAAUUAAAAAAUAAAAUAAUAAUUGCUCCAUGAAGUAAAUCCAACAUUGUGUAUGCCGCCAUCUUGUCAAUUUAAAAUAAAGGAAUAUUUUCUAAAUUUGAGUUCUGAGCAAUUAAAUGCUGCAGGGGUGGGGGGGGGGGUCAAACAGGAAAUUGACUGAGUUCUGUUCAAUUCCAUUUUGUUCCGUUUUUUUUUUCUGUGACCUCAAUGCAGAGUUCCUCCUUGAGAGAAGUCAGAUCAAGCCCGAACUGUGAGAUGUCGAAAGGGAGUUGUAGUUUCCAACAAACCAAUAUUCUACGUAGUAAAACGUAGUAAUAAACUACAAUUCCCAUAAUCCACUGCACGCCUACUUGUCUGGUCUGUUGGGCAGACCAGAGAGCGAAAGGAGACGUAGUUCAAUCCGAGGGAUUGAGAACAGCUGCUUCGUGAGGUAUCUCUACCUGAAACUACCUGAUCUCAGUGAUUGAUAGUUGGCAUUACUCGUUCUUCCUUUGAAGAACGAGUAAAAUAGUGAUCAGACAGCAGCUUUAUAGACAUGAGAUGAGGCUUGAAAUGGUCAUCAAACAAAACCAAUGUAUGCUAACAUAAGCAACUUUACUACAGUAAUGUGAAUAGACGCUGGUUAAUCAGUAAUGGGCAUUCACUACCAUCAAGGGACUUGUAUUAAUUAUUCUGUGUUUUCACAUAAUGCAUUUAAUGUUUGUUUUUUUUUUUUUAAGAUGGAAACUGAAAAGAAAUGUGAUUGAAAAAUAUAUAUUUAUAUAAUUGUACAAAAACCGAACCGACCUCGAACACACAGCUCAGCACUACUAUUCAAACGAACCCCCUGCAACUACACAUGGACGUUUCAAACACAUUGAUUGGUUGUGUCAAGUUAAGGUUGGUCGUACAUUCUCUGUGCUCAGCCAAUCAGUACCUACCUAAUAAUAACACACAUCAGCCAGCUGGAACAGAGUAAUGGUCUGACCAGGGGAUCUCUCCAGAGGAUGAGACCUACCUGAAUUUGUCCAAUAGAAACUCUUGUUUCAUAAUGUUGCAUAAGGUUUUCUGUUGCAAGGUUGUUGUUGUGUUUUGCUAAUGAAUACAUCCCUAAAAAGUCAAGAUGAUGUCUUAAAUGAAACGAAUCACCCCAAGUUAAAAAUGUGUCCUAUCUGCCCAACACUACAGACUUGUUAGUACCAUCAUCCCCAGUUACUGUACCAGCCUUCUGGUUGUGUAUGGAAAUUCAGCAUUGGAGGCAUCACACGUAGCAACCCCACCAAAGCCUGGGACAAACUGGGAAUUGGCUCCAGAGCUCCCCCAGUGGACAAACUGGGAAUUGGCUCCACAGCUCCCCCAGUGGACAAACGGGGAAUUGGCUCUACAGCUCCCCCAGUGGACAAACGGGGAAUUGGCUCCACAGCUCCCCCAGUGGACAAACGGGGAAUUGGCGCCACAGCUCCCCCAGUGGACAAACGGGGAAUUGGCGCCACAGCUCCCCCAGUGGACAAACUGUGAAUUGGCGCCACAGCUCCCCCAGUGGCUGUUUGAGAUAUCUAUUCACAGAGAGGGGAGCCUGCUUCUGUUAGCAAGAGGUCCUUGUCCUCUCAAAAAAUACCUUUUUAAUUUGAAGACUGAACCAACACAUGCAUCAUGCUCGGAUGUGCCUUUUUAAUUUAGUUUUCUAUUUUACAGAGUAGAGGCAAAAGGUGUCUAAUGCUAUUAAAAAAAAAAACCUGAAAGGACAAACUAAACACGGUUUCCUAUGUAAUGCUUAGAACAAAGGCUAUACACUAGAAAAACUGUACACGCUUGUGGAUGCUGUGUAUGUAUACACUAACUAAAUAAUUUGCAUAAAGUGA